AUGUCAGCGACUCAAGGAGAAGAGCAUGCAGAAGAAAAGCAGCGAGCCAAGAAGAGCGAUCUGCUGCGACAGCUUGCAUCUCUCCUCCCUCCUCCCGAGGAGGGUCAGACCGCGCAGGUCACCUUUGGUAAGACUGGAAGGACAGUGAUACAGAUCUUGGAGGAUACCAGGACGCAGCUACUCCGGCAGAAGGGAGAAGAGGAGGAGCAGGCAAAACGUCAUCCCAACGUCAACACUUGCGUCAAGAAGGAGGAAGAGAGUCUCACGAUUGACCAUACCGAAGUCCUGGGCGGGAUCAGCAGCUUGCCGUUGGGGCUUGUCGUCGUGGAGCUACCUGAGUGGACAAUUAAACACGUCAGCAGGUCCUUCCGAGCUUAUGCUGAAUCUUUCCCAACUUCUCCUGCUGCCCUGCACACGAUCGUGCCGUUUGUCCAUCCGUUUGAUUCCUCCAAGCCCUCGGUCGCAGCCUGCAAGCGAGACGAACAGAAACUUCGAAGAGUCAACGGUAGGACUUUCGAAGAGGAGAGAGGAUGA